AUGCCUAAGCAAGGAAUAAAACGUAAACAAUGGGACAAGGAAGCCAUGGUUAGGGCUGUUCAAGCAGUUAAAAAUAAGGAAAUGGGAUACCAAAAGGCCUCUCAAAUAUUUCAAGUUCCAAAAGGGACUAUUGAAAUGUAUGUAAAGGAUGCAAGAAGUGUACAUGAGUUGGUAUCUACCAGUUUGGGUAGAAAGCCAGCUUUGACUUGUGAAAUGGAAAAGAUGCUGGCGGAAUAUUGCAUACAAAUGGAAAAAAAGUUCUAUGGAUUGAGAAGGCAAGACGUUAAACACAUGGCAUUUCAGUUAGCCAUUCGAAAUGGACUACGACAUCCUUUUAGUCAAAGAACAGGAAGUGCGGGGAAAAAGUGGCUAAGAGGAUUUUUGGCAAGACAUCCUGAGUUAUCCGUCUAUACUCCCCAAGCAAUAUCUGCAGCAAGAGUAAAAGGAUUUAAUGCUGAAAGUGUUACGCAAUUUUUCGACAUUUACAAAAAAUAA